AUGACCCUGGUAAUAAGCCUAACUCAUAUAAGGAGGACCCAAUUAACAUGUAUGCUUAGACCUACUUGUGUCAAUCAUAACAGAAUGAAAGCAGACUAGCUAACCUAUAUUGUUAGAAAAGACAGUGGCAGGCGGCAGCUAGCAGGCAAACGGCACGCUGGUAGUGGUGGAGUCCAGUAAAAAAUUUUUUUUUUAUUCUCCGCUGAUUGGCUGACAACUCUCACCUCAUUCAUAAGUGUGGUUUCCCCUAGCAACAAAGAGGCGAAUAGAAAAGGAGCUGGGGUGGAGUCUGUUUUUGUAGUGGAAAUCAAAGACGUGUUGUCAGUGUGCCCGCUGGCAGCAUCUGUAUAUACAACACGUGUAGCGUUUUGAUUAUCAUAAUAUCUAUGCUACGUUUACAUUACAUUCGAGUCAUUAGGAGACACUCUUAUCCAGAGCGACUUGGCUACAAUCAGUACAUUCAACCAAAGGUAGGUAACUAACUGACAGUGGCAGAGAAGCAGGUUGGUUGCCAUGGUCACAGCGAUACGCUAUGUCUGUCCUAUUAAAUGCUCAUCAAAACAUGUUUUGUCUCUCUCUUUUACCUCUCUUUUUGACAUUUUACAGCAAGAUGUUGAGAAGUUUACAGACAUCGAAAAACUCUACCUCUAUCUCAAGUUGCCUUCUGGUCCCAACAAUGGCAAUGAUAAAAGGUAACGUAUUCUCUUUUUCUCUCAUUUAGCUGUAUUUGAUUUGACUUGACGAUUCAAAAGACGUAAAAUAUUACACCAGGCAACAGAUACAGCGCCUUCAGAAAGUAUUCAUACCCCUUGACUUAUUCCACAUUUUGUUGUGUUGCAGCUUGAAUUCAAAAUGGAUUAAAUAUUUUUUUAAAUCUCGCCCACCUACACACAAUACCUCAUAAUGACAAAGUGAAAACCUUUUUUUUUUUUAUUGAAAAUGAAAUACAGAAAUAUCUAAUUUCACACCCCUGAGUCAAUACUUUGCAGAAGCAACUUUGGCAGCAAUUACAGCUGUGAGUUUUUCUGGGUAAGUCUAUAUAGCUUUGCACACCUGGAUUGUACAAUAUUUGCAUUUUAUUCUUAAAAACAUUUUUCAAGCUCUGUCAAGUUGGCUGUUGGAUCAUUGCUAGACAGCCAUUUCCAAGUCUCAAAACUGUAACUAGGCCACUCAGGAACAUUCAAUGUCAUCUCGGUAAGCAACUACAGUGUAUUUUCGGCCUUGAAUUUUAGGUUAUUGUCCUGCUGAAAGGUGCAUUUUUCUCCCAGACUGAAACAGGUUUUCCUCUAGGAAUUUGGAAUUUCUAUUCCAUGUAUUUAUAGCCUAAAAACUUCCCUAGUCCUUGCCGAUGAAAAGCAUACCCAUAACAUGAUGCAGCCACCACCAUGCUUGAAAACAUGAAGAGUGGUACUCGGUGAUGUGUUGGAUUUGCCCCAAACAUAACACUUUGUAUUCAGUAGAUAAAGUUAAUUUCUUUGCCAAAUUUUUUUGCAGUUUUACUUGACAUUUACAUCAUUUAGCAGAUGCUCUUAUCCACUUUAGUGCCUUAUUGCAAACAGGAUGCAUGUUUUGGAAUAUUUUUUAUUCUGUACAGGCUUCCUUCUUUUCACUAUGUCAUUUAGGUUAUUAUUGGGGAGUAACUAAGAUGUUGCUGAUCCAUCCUCAGUUUUCUCCUAUCACAGCCAUUAAACUCUGUAACUGUUUUAAAGUCACCAUUGGCCUCAUGGUGAAAUCCCUGAGCGGUUUCCUUCCUCUCCGGCAACUGAGUUAGGAAGGACACCUAUAUCUUUGUAGUGAGUGGAUGUAUUGAUACACCAUCCAAAGUGUAAUUCAUAUCUUCACCAUCCUCAAAGGGAUAUUCAAUGUCUGCUUUUUACAUUUUUACCCAUCUACCAAUAGAUGCCCUUCUUUGCGAGGCAUUGGAAAACCUCCCUGGUCUUUGGGGUUGAAUCUGUGUUUUCACUGCUCGACUGAAGUACCUUACAUAUAAUUGUAUGUGUGAGGUACAGAGAUGAGGUAGUCAUUCAAAAAUCAUGUUAUUGCACAUAAGAGUCCAUGCAACUUAUUAUGUGACUUGUUAAGCACAUUUUUACUCCUGAACUUAUUUAGGCUUGGCAUAAGAAAGGGGUUGAAUACUUAUUGGCUUAAGACAUUUCAGCUUUUCAUUUCUAAUUAAAUUUGUAAGAAUGUCUAAAAACAUAAUUCCAUUUUGACAUUAUGGGGUAUUGUGUGUAGGCCAGUGACACAUAAUCUAUAUUUAAUCCAUUUUAAAUUCAGGCUGUAACACAACAAAAUGUGGGAAAAAGUCAAGGGGUGUGAAUACUUUCUGAAGGCAAAAUUGUCGAGGAUAUAUACAGUACACAAAAAAAGUAUUCUGUAUCUCAUUGUCCUUUGUAGCCUAUAUUAUUACUGCUGUGCCGAUUGUGGUGCACGUGACAGCUUUCAAUUUGUCUUAGAUUUCAUUUUUUGGGUUGCCUGAUAAUAUUGUUUUACCCGGCUGCUUUUUGAUCACAAGCAGGAUGUAUUAGUUUGACUAAUAUUUCAGUGCAUUUGAAAAGAAAGUGUCUGCAAUUCCUUUGCAUCAAUAUUCACCACUGAUGUCUCUGUCUUCUGAUCUGACGCUUAUGUCCGUUCAUAUAAUCGUUUAUUUGUAUCAUUACGAAGCGAUGAUACUAGUAUAAUGAUUGAUUUGCUAUUAUACCCAGCUUUCUGUGUCCUUAAUUUGUUUCUAUAUAUCACUGUCUACGUACCCAUCACCUCAACAUCACUAGGACUGAGAAUCAGAGAGCCUCCACUCCUGGACUAUGGUACUUACUCCUCUACGUUACACACACACACACACACACACACACACACACACACACACACACACACACAAUUCAUUGAAAGAAAUGGGAAACAAAACCGGAGACUGGCUUUUUACACACUGUCUUGUCUGGUCAAACACAUCACAAGAACAUAUAUGAGUUUGAAGAACGUUUCGCCCCCUCUAAUUUGUUUGUGUUGUUGUAACUUAAACCGUUUCAGUGACCAGAGCGGCAUGUCGUCCAGCCGAACACAGCAGAUGUACGCUUUCAACUGGAUCCGGAAUCACCUAGAGGAGCACCCCGAGACGUCCCUGCCAAAGCAAGAGGUGUACGACGAGUACAAGUGAGUAUGACCUGUACUUAGAGUACAAGUGAGUAUUGACCUGUACUUAGGAUUGCAAAAUAUUCCUGGAGUCAAAAGGCAAUAAGCAGGAAAAUCCUGAAUCCUCCAACCAGGAUUUCCUGGAAAACCUGGGAAUUUUGGGAAAGUUACGGGAAUUUUGCAACCCUACCUGUGUUCUCACACAAAGUGCUUUACAGAUACCCAAAGAGCAAGCAGUGCAGGGGCAGAAAUACAGUGGCUAGGAAUAACAUGUAUAGUAUUGUGAUAAUACAUGUACAUAUCAGUGGAGGCUCCUGAGGGGAGGACGGCUCAUAAUAAUGUCUGGAUCGGAGCCAGUGGAACGGCAUCAAACACAUGGAAACCAUUUGUUUGAUGUAUUUUAAUAUUUGAUACCAUUCCACUGAUUCCGCUCCAGCCAUUACCACGAGCCCGUCCUCCCCAAUUAAGGUGACGCCAACCUCCUGCACUACAGAUUGUAUUGUGAUAAUACAUGUCAUGUCUAUCGUGAAUGUGUUUCAGGAGUUACUGUGACAGUCUUGCUUAUCACCCACUGAGUGCUGCAGACUUUGGAAAGAUCAUGAAGAAUGUCUUUCCCAACAUGAAGGCUCGCCGCCUGGGCAUGAGAGGCAAAUCUAAAUACUGUUACAGUGGACUGAGGAAGAAAGCUUUUGUUCACAUGCCUUCUCUGCCCAACCUGGACUUACAAAAGUCAGGUGACGGGGUAAGUUUACAUGAUGGCUUUUUAGCCAGGAAGUGGCUAUAAUCAUUUCAGAGCAAGUACGUGUAGAUUGUAGGGUUGGGGUCAGUUCCAUUUCAAUUCAGGAAGUAAAUUGAUAUUCCAAUUCCAAAUCUCAUUGAAAAUUAGAAUUGGAAUUUCAGUUUAGAUCUGAAUUGAAAUUGAAUUUACCCUAGUAGAUCCACCCAAACUCCAGGCAGGAUAUCAGAUCUGAAUGACUUCUUCCCCUAACUCCAGACAGGAUAUCAGAUCUGAAUGACCUCUUCCCCUAACUCCAGGCAGGAUAUCAGAUCUGAAUGACCUCUUCCCCUAACUCCAGACAGGAUAUCAGAUCUGAAUGACCUCUUCCCUAACUCUAGACAGGAUAUCAGAUCUGAGUGACCUCUUCCCUAACUUCAGACAGGAUAUCAGAUCUGAAUGACCUCUUCCCUAACUCUAGACAGGAUAUCAGAUCUGAGUGACCUCUUCCCUAACUUCAGACAGGAUAUCAGAUCUGAACGACCUCUUCCCUACUGACCCUCUUCCCUCAUCUCCCCCCAGUGUGAGUUAAUGGAGCCGUCGUCGGGCCAGUCUCCCAGUGCAGAGGAUGAGAUGCGCUCAGCGGCCUGUGGCUUGGUGUGUGAGUGGGCUCAGAAGGUCCUCAGCAGACAGUUUGAUGCCGUGGAGGACCUGGCUCGCUUCCUGCUCAACAGUCACUAUAUAGGAACCAAGUCCAUGGCUGCCCUCACCGUCAUGACUGGGGCUCCCACGGGUAGGCAUGGCUAAUGGGGAUGGUGGUAGGAAGGGUAUUGGGUGGGUGCGUGUUGAUGACAACUGUCAACAGGGGGCUCAACUGUCAACAGGGGGUGCAACUGUCAACAGGGGGCUCAACUGUCAACAGGGGGCUCAACUGUCAACAGUGGGCUCAACUGUCAACAGGGGGCUCAACUCUAGUUGAAGAUGUAAUGGUUUGGGUGCCGGAGUCAAACGCUAGUUCUGCAGAUUCAACAACUUUUUUAACAAUUCUCAGGUGUGUUGACUUUAAAAAGUAUCUGUUACUAAGAAUCUAUUUUCUCAUCUGUAUGUCUCACCAGGUCUGAAGACGCCCACGCCAACCUCUGCGUUCGUGGCCACGUCCGAGGCCUCGUCCUUCCAGCCGCAGGUGAAGACGCUGGCCUCUCCCUCGGUGGACGCCAAGCAGCAGCUCCAGAGGAAGAUCCAGAAGAAGCAGCAGGAUCAGAAGCUCCAGUCCCCCCUGCCUGGAGAGGCCCAGGGACAGAACCAGGCCAGGAGGGCCGAGGCCAGCACCCCAGGGCCAGCUAUCCCCUGUGGAAGUCCUGCUCUGCUCUCACCACAACCUACCAUUGGUAUAAUGGUGGCAGCUGUCUCCAGCCCCAUCACGGUAAGAAGGGGUUAAUAACUUCUUCUCUAGUUUUACACACCGAUGUAUGCACACACACACAGAGAUCAGACAAGAUUGAUAAUGGUUCUACACUAAGUAGUCUAAAAAUACACAGAAAUAAACCAGACAAGUGUUUUUCCAAGAAGUGUUUUGGGUUGUUAAUGCUAAUAGCCAUAAUUCCUGAUCUAACAUGUUCCACCGUGUCUGUUUUCCCCGGCAGGUCCAGAGGAGCAGACAGCUGAUGGCCUCCCCGAGCCCGGUGGGAUCCACCGAGGGGAAGGUCCUGCCAACGGUCAACUUCCAGGUGGUCACCCACACCCAGUCGCUGACCCAUAGGCAGUCCCCAAAGACGCCCCAAAACAUCUCAGCCAGCCCCGUGGGCGACCGCCUGGCCAGGCACAGGUAACAACCAUAAUAAGGAAGUGUAUACUCCACCCUCAGAACCAAAACCUAAGGUUAGGCAUAGGGGUCAAAUGAAGUAUGGUUAGGGUUAAGGUUCAGGAACAUGGGUUAAGUUGGGUAUAGUUUCAGUGGGGUUAAGGUAAGGGUUAGUGUAAUGCGUUAAUGUUCUGCUGGUUAAAUAGACACUGUCUAAUAAACAUUAAUACACACUAUAAAGCUGUAGUUUGUGUUAAUCUAUUUCCAUCUCCUGGACCCACAGGUACCCCCAGAUCCUCCCCAAGCCCUCAGCCACAGGGGCCAUCACCCUGCGUUCGCCCCCCACCCUGCUCAUCACCAACAGCCCCAUCAAGACCCACCACGUUGUCAAGAUGACCACCAUCUCCCUGGCCCCUAGCAACACUAUCAGUACCAGCAGUAACAGUAUGGUCCUCAGGCCAGCUUCAGCCUCGGCCGGGGUGGGAACCACAACCACCACCACCUUUACCACCAUCGCUGCCCUAGAGGCGGUUCAGCAACAGGGACAGAGCCAGGGAGGCCCCCCAGCCCCAGCCACACCCCAGUCCCCUGCAGUAUGGCCCGGUGCCCCAUCCUCCACCCCUACUCCCACAGUGGCCCCUGAAGUCAUCAUCACUGACAAUAACCUGGGCUCUAACUGUGAUAAACAGAGCCCCAUACAGCAGCCCCCCGGUGGGGCCAAGGGUCCAGAGAGGGCCACCAAGUACCGGGCGGCCAGUGAACCCUCGCUCCUGGUCAAAUGCUCUCCAGGACCUGACAGAGUGACCACCAGUGCAGCGAUCAAGGGGGCGGGGUCUCAGCAGGACAGCAAUAACAGCAGCAUCGCCACCACCUGUCACCAAGAAAGUACUUUGUAUCUGACUGUUGCUCCCUCGGCCAAUCAGAACGCUCCUAGUGUCAGCGGAAUGUCCUCCUCGUCGGCUGUUACCUUAUUGUCGCCUAAUGACUCCUCGUCCUGCCCGUCAGGGGUCAAGAGCCCCAGGAAGCGAACCGGCCCCGGGCUGGAUUCCUCCCACGUCAUCCCUGUGAAGCGCGUCUUCAUCUCCCAGCAGCCUUUGAGUGUGACCUUUGACCCCAAACCAUGGGUCAGCGCUGCCGUCAAGAGGGUCCCAGCUAGACCUGGCACCCCUGCCAGACCUGAGAGCGCCCCCUGUCGAGUGACGGUGAAACAACACCUAGUGCCCACGCAGAUCCUGGCGCUGUCCGACUCGCCCGUCACAAACACAGAGAUCUCCUCCCUUUCCUCCUCUCAGACUGUUGUCAGUGUGAAGCCCCAGGUCUCCUCGUUGCUGGUAGUGAAACGCGAAGAUCCGUCCUCUCUAGGACCAACACUAAGCACUGUCAGCAGUCACACCAGCAGCACUGCAGCCCCUGGUAGCACCACCACCACCACCACAGUGUCUGAGCAGCAGCAGCAGCACUCUGAGACCUCUGUCUCUGUGAUGGCAGUAGGCGCACAGCAACACUCUGAGGCCUCUGUCUCUGUGAUGGGGGACGUGAAGAGCACAAUGUGGGAGGAGUCAGCUGCAGGGCAUCUGGAGGAGCUGCAGAAACAGGCCUUCAGUCAGAAUGUGAGUCUCUAUCUGUGUUAGAAUAUCCAUACUGUAUACUACAUACUAUAAGUUCAUUUUAGUAUAAUGUAAACGAACGGUAUCUUUUCAGUUGAGCAUACUAGCGCUUAGCCUGUCUACCGGAAGUUGAUGCUGUUGCUAUGCAACUUCUUGCUAGCAUAACAAAUUAAUAGCUAGACAUCUUAUGACUUCAUUAACAAUUUCCAUUAAGAACGCACAACGACUAUACCACUUAGCUAAGAAUGACUUGAAUAAUCAAGUCAAUAGGUUGCAUUGGGUCAGUUAACAGGCAUUCGUAAAUUCAGCGCAGAAUAACUGAUGAAUUUACAAACGCUCAACAGCGGUUGAAUAUGGCCCGGUGUCAGUAAACGUCGGCAAAAAAGCGUUAUUAAAUUGUUGCCAGCAGCACAGUUACAGUCACCAAACGCUCUGGAUAACAUGAAAACAGCCUAACCAGCUCUGCUAGGGCGAGUAAAAUGGUCAGAGUGAGGUGUUUCUCUCAUGUGUGUCUGGAAGUAGCUAGCAUGUUAGCCAGUUAGCUUGGGUGCUUGACUGCGGUUGUGUUGUCAGAACGCUCGGAUCAACCCUACUGACAACGCUCUGAAUUUACGAACACACCCUUAGUAGCCAACUGACGUUAGAUAGCUAGCUAACAUAACGGUAUAUACCGCUGUAGUGAUAUGCUAUGCGGUUCGUAAGGAUAGCGUAGCUAACAAAUUGUCAGCCAACGUAACUUAUUUAAAAAGUCAUUACUUUAUUACAUUUCUUAACAUUUGUCAUAAUUAGUUAAAGCGAUGAAUUUGUAUCCGCUCUCGUCGGACUUCGGCUGCAUAUUUUCCGCCAUUUUCUUCAAAUCUGAAAACGUUGUGAGGCGACGCCCAUUUUAUGAAGAAUUGCAUUAUGGGCCCUAAAAGCACAGAAAUAGUUUCCACUGCUUGAAUACUUCGUAUUUUGGUGAACGUAGUACGACAUCCGGGAACUUUUGGCAUACUAACUAUACACAUACAGUGAGGGAAAAAAGUAUUUGAUCCCCUGCUGAUUUUGUACGUUUGCCCACUGACAAAGAAAUGAUUUGUCUAUAAUUUUAAUGGUAGGUUUAUUUGAACAGUGAGAGACAGAAUAACAACAACAAAAUCCAGAAAAACGCAUGUCAAAAAUGUUAUAAAUUGAUUUGCAUUUUAAUGAGGGAAAUAAGUAUUUGACCCCUCUGCAAAACAUGACUUAGUACUUGACCCCCUCUCAAUCAGAAAGAUUUCUGGCUCCCAGGUGUCUUUUAUAAAGGUAACGAGCUGAGAUUAGGAGCACACUCUUAAAGGGAGUGCUCCUAAUCUCAGUUUGUUACCUGUAUAAAUGACACCUGUCCACAGAAGCAAUCAAUGAAUCAGAUUCCAAACUCUCCACCAUGGCCAAGACCAAAGAGCUCUCCAAGGAUGUCAGGGAACAGAUUGUAGACCUACACAAGGCUGGAAUAGGCUACAAGACCAUCGCCAAGCAGCUUGGUGAGAAGGUGACAACAGUUGGUGCGAUUAUUCGCAAAUGGAAGAAACACAAAAUAACUGUCAAUCUCCCUCGGCCUGGGGCUCCAUGCAAGAUCUCACCUCGUGGAGUUGCAAUGAUCAUGAGAACGGUGAGGAAUCAGCCCAGAACUACAUGGGAGGAUCUUGUCAAUGAUCUCAAGGCAGUUGGGACCAUAGUCACCAAGAAAACAAUUGGUAACACACUACGCCGUGAAGGACUGAAAUCCUGCAGCGCCCGCAAGGUCCCCCUGCUCAAGAAAGCAUAUAUACAGGCCCGUCUGAAGUUUGCCAAUGAACAUCUGAAUGAUUCAGAGGAGAACUGGGUCAAAGUGUUGUGGUCAGAUGAGACCAAAAUCGAGCUCUUUGGCAUCAACUCAACUCGUCGUGUUUGGAAGAGGAGGAAUGCUGCCUAUGACCCCAAGAACACCAUCCCCACCGUCAAACAUGGAGGUGGAAACAUUAUGCUUUGGUUGUGUUUUUCUGCUAAGGGGACAGGACAACUUCACCGCAUCAAAGGGACGAUGGACGGGGCCAUGUACCGUCAAAUCUUGGGUGAGAACCUCAGCCAGGGCAUUGAAAAUGGGUCGUGGAUGGGUAUUCCAGCAUGACAAUGACCCAAAACACACGGCCAAGGCAACAAUGGAGUGGCUCAAGAAGAAGCACAUUAAGGGCCUGGAGUGGCCUAGCCAGUCUCCAGACCUUAAUACCAUAGAAAAUCUGUGGAGGGAGCUGAAGGUUCGAGUUGCCAAACGUCAGCCUCGAAACCUUAAUGACUUGGAGAAGAUCUGCAAAGAGGAGUGGGACAAAAUCCCUCCUGAGAUGUGUACAAACCUGGUGGCCAACUACAAGAAACGUCUGACCUCUGUGAUUGCCAACAAGGGUUUUGCCACCAAGUACUAAGUCAUGUUUUGCAGAGGGGUCAAAUACUUAUUUCCCUCAUUAAAAUGCAAAUCAAUUUAUAACAUUUGUGACAUGCGUUUUUCUGGAUUUUGUUGUUGUUAUUCUGUCUCUCACUGUUCAAAUAAACCUACCAUUAAAAUUAUAGACUGAUCAGAUCUUUGUCAGUGGGCAAACGUACAAAAUCAGCAGGGGAUCAAAUACUUUUUUUCCCUCACUGUACUAUAACCAAUAAGCAUACUACAUACUCAAUUUCUGUCACAAAUAGUAUGGUUAGUGAGGUUAGUAUGAGUAUUCGAACACAGCUUAUAUGUAUGUCCCUCUAUGUCUAUGUAUAAUGCAUUGCAUCAGGCUAACUGUUUUUAAUUAGUAGAGUUUCGAAAAGUUGUUAAAGUGUCAUUCCACAAUAUUAUAACACCAGAGACCUUACUGAUUAAAAUGCAAUGUAACGUUUUUAAUCAUCCUUGUAUGGUGAUGCCAAUGAAACAUUGUCCUCCUCUGAUGGUCAAUAAAGUUAUAUUCCAUUAUUGUCUAUUCUAGAUACCAGCAGACCGCAACAAGCAGCAGGCCCUGGGCUCCACCAUGGACCAACACCAACUCCCCAACAUCAUGUCCAAGACCUCAGACUCCUCUGCCCAGUUAACAGGCCUUCACCAGGAGAUGGUGGACUUUGCCUCCUCAGCCUCCCAGCACGGUUCCACCAUGGACUACUUCUCCUUUAACGAUGAUGAUAUGACCCAGGACAGCAUAGUAGAGGAACUGGUUCAGAUGGAAGAACAGAUGAAACUGAAGGGCCUGCAGCCACUGUUCAGUAGCUGUGUGGAUAAUAUCUCUCUCCAGGGCCAGCCUGGGGGCCCCCAGGGGCCCAUCAUCAACACCCACCACCAGGGGGGUAACUCCUCUUUCUACCAGUCUGCUCAUAGCAGCAUUACCCCCGUCCAGACCCCCACCCCGACCCCCACCCCUACUCCAACCCCCACGGAGAUGACUCUCGGUGGGCACGGGCUGACCAGAGGGAGCCCCUGCUGCCAUCACAGCAUGGCCCCUAUCACGCCCGUGGAGGGGCCUCUAGGAGGCCGACACACCCCUAUAAGCGCUCUGUCCAACUGUUCUAGUAGCAUACCGCCUAGCCCUGUGGAGUGCAGGAACCCGUUUGCCUUCACCCCCAUCAACUCCAGCAUGGCAGGGGGUUACCACGAUGCCUCCGUGGUGUCUGUCUCCUCCAGCCCCGUCAAGCCCAUGCAGAGGCCCAUGGCCACUCACCCAGACAAGGCUAAACUGGAGUGGAUCAACAACCGCUACAACAGUAGUGGAACUGGAGCAACUGGAGGAGUCGGAGCAGGGCCAGGGUCUGGGUUAUCCAUCUCUAACCACAGCCUUGGUGGACUCCUGCCCAGCUACCAGGAUCUAGUGGACGACCACUUCCGUAAGCCGCACGCCUUCGCUGUUCCGGGCCACAGUGGCCAGUCUUUCCAGGCCCAGUCCAGACAGCAGGACGGCGGACACUUCGCUCCCAUCUCCCCGGUGCAACAGCAGAUGACCAGCGUGUUGACCACGCCCACCAACACGCCAACCAAACAGGAUGAGAGCUUUGCUGUGCCCGCCCCUUUGGACAACAAGGGCGGAGCCUCAUCGUCAGGGGGUGGGACGUUCCGUUGCCGUAGCGUGAGCCCCGCCGUGCGCCAGAGGACCUUCAGCGGUACCGGCACAACCCCCGGCACUAGCACAACCACUCGAUUGGUCGUCUCCCCUUUCAGCUCCCCCAUGACCUCCUCCGAGAUACUCAGCUUCCUGUCCAACAGCCAAUCGGUGGGUAGUAACCUCCACAGCAUGGCCCAGCGCAGCCAAUCGGUGCCCUUAAACAUCAUGAUGCAGAGCGUUGUGGAGAUGGAGCUGCUUCCUGUAGAGAUGCAGGUCAUCCAGGGACAGAACCAGAGUAAUGCCACUAAGAUCACCAACGUCCUCCUGAGUAAGAUGGACUCUGGCGUGGAUGACACAGUCAGGGGCCUGGGCAUCAACAACUUUCCCUCCAACUACACCGCCCGCAUGAACCUCACCCAGAUGCUGGAGACCCAGUCUCAGAGCCAGGCCACCCAAGGGAGCUUCACAACCGGAGGGGGAGGAGGUAACACCCGCCAGUCCCACCCUCAGCUGCAGACCAUCAGCUCCAGCCCUGCCUCCUUCGAUCUCCAGCGGCAUGGGAGCUACCUCACCAGCGCUGGAGGAGGCGGGGGGGGGGUGAGCUUCUCCUCUGGAGACAACCAAGCACAAUCAGGUCCUGGCGAGGACGUGGACCUGGAGCUCCAGCAGAUCCAGGACCUCCAAGAGCUUCAGGAAGACUCGGGACAGCUCCAGGCCCAGACCCAGCUCCAAUCCCAGGCUAGGCUGCUCCAGAGUCCCCAUCCCCAGCUCCAGGCCGGGCUCCAGCUUCUCCGGCCCCAGUCCCAGGUACUCCUCCAGCCCACCAUCACCCAGCAGCAGGAGGAUGAGGCUCAGCAACAGCUGGACUUCAACAACACUGUUAAAGACCUGUUAGGUGACGACGGCCUCAACGUCGACGCUGAAGGCCUCAACCCCAGCUCUCAACUGGUCGGUCAGGUGGCGUCAGAGCUUAACGCCGCCGUGGCGUCCGACUUCACCAACGACAUCAGGUUGACCGCCGACCUCUCCAAUAGCAUCACUGACCUGAACACGCUGGACGCCAACCUCCUGUUCAAUCCGUCCAGUCAGCAGCAAGAACAGUACGAAGACGCCACACUGGAAGAGCUGAAGAACGACCCUCUGUUUCAGCAGAUAUGUAGUGAUACU